AAGGACCCGCAUGGUGUGGUGGUGAACGCGUUACUCCCCGGAAAGGAUAAUAGCGCGUUCUUGUACAAUUUCGGUGAAACGGUAUCCAUAGUGAUGUGGCUAGACGGAUGGGAGCCAGACAGCUAUUAUGACAAAAUAGCCUCAAAUAUGGAGAGAGGAUUCCAUACUCUCUGUCUACUCGAUAUAAAAACGAAGGAACAAUCAUUAGAGAACAUGAUGAGGGGAAGGAAUAUUUUCGAACCACCCCGAUACCUCACUUGUUCUGAAGCGGCACGUCAAUUAUUAAUCAUAUUAGAACGUAAAAGGAAAGCUGGAAUUGAACCAGUGUACAACGAGUCUUCACCGUGUGUUGGAUUAGCACGAGUGGGUUGGGAUGAUCAGAAGAUUGUGUUCUGUUCUCUAAAGGAGAUGUCACAAUACGACCUUGGGCCUCCGCUACACUGUAUGAUAUUGCCAGGUCAAAUGCAUCCACUGGAAGUCGAAAUGCUUGACACCUUCAAGCCUGCCACGGUCUAG